CAACUGGGAAAAAGUUUUGAAGCCAAAGUGAACUUUCUUUUGUCAUCUCAAACUACGAACGAGAUAGACGGCGACUUACAUUGCUUCUGAAGAAUUUCCAACUACUUCGUGACCAUUCCAAAGUUCCUUUAUUCUACAGUCCAGUACAAUUCAAUAGAGGGAUAAAAAAAGAUUGAAUUCAGCCGAUACCAAGAAUCAACUUCUGAAAUACUGUACUAAGGUUCGACAUCACCAUUUAUUUUUCUGCGUGGUUUGCACUGUAUUGACGAGGAUGAUUUUUCUCCGCAAUGUACAGUCGUCCAUCAGUAGUCGAGGAUCGAUGGCAAACGCUCGAAGAUGGAGUUUUCUUUCUGGGAAACAUCAGAGCGAAGCAAUGGGGACCAUAGGGGUGGGCCGAUCAUUCUCACGCUCAACGAAGACAUCAACAUCGAUUAUGAUGAUAAGGACCCCGACAAAAAACAUCGUAAGAAAUCCAAGCCAUUCUCGGAGUAGAAUUUUUUGUAGCGUCCGCGCAAACAGUACCAACCAUCAGCACGUGGCUAAACAGAAUCUCCGCUCCGUGCGUUUCAACUCAUCGUCAAUUCAAGUCAGUACUCCGAAAGUUGACCGAGAUCUCGAAUAUGACGGAGUUCCGAAUGAUGUAGCGAAACUCAUAAACGAUCACGCAAAGCAACCUCCGACUUCAGUGAGCUUGCAAGCUUUAAUGAGGACCGGUCGAGGAGAAUACCUCGAUCGACACUUUGAAAACGUAGCGAUAAAAGAACACACUGCAACGGAAUUGGUCUUGAUGCAGGUUGCCUCUUUUUUGCGACGGGAGCUUCCCAUUCGAUUAGCUCAUCGCAUUCAGGAUUUGGAGAAGGUGAGUAGGAGAAAAUGGAGAAGAUUUGUAGCAAUGAUAAUUCUUCGAGCUUGCUCAGAUCUGCUCACUUUCGUUGGAUGUUGUUGCAUACACGCUGUGCUUUCAAAACGUAGGUCCCGCUGAUGAAAGAUAUGUCAUCCGUAAAAGAAGUAAAACAAUUGUACAUACAAUCAUUUUUAGAAUUGAUCGAUUUCGACAAGAAGAUCGUUAGUGCCGAUCAGGAGGAAGGUUUUUCGAGACUAGUGGAGGGAAUUUACGAGCGACACUCAAGAGUAUUGGUACAGAUGGCAAGAGGAGCCUAUGAAUUCCGCCACCACAUCCAUACAAACUCUACCUCAAAGAGUAAAUCCAGUAGAAGGCCGAAAGAUGUGUUUGCUCAAAUGGAAGAUACGCACGCCUUUUUGGACCGGUUCUAUUUGUGUCGUAUCGGCAUUCGUGUUUUGAUUGGUCAGUAUCUCGCAUUGCGACAGCCUCCGGUUGACCAUUACGUCGGUAUUAUAUGUUCAGUAACAUCACCCUACGAAAUUGUAAAACGUGCUAUUGACGAUGCGGCAUUCAUGUGCACGAGAAAAUAUGGAGAUGCCCCUGAAGUUAUAAUGAGCGGAAGAUUAGAUUUGACCUUUCCUUAUGUUCCGACCCAUUUGCAUUACAUCAUGCUCGAACUGCUGAAAAAUAGCAUGCGGGCAACCGUAGAGUGGCAUGGGUCAGAUGCUGAUUUCCCGCCAAUCAAGGUCAUAAUUGCUGAUGGCAGUGACAACGAGGAUGUAGUCAUCAAAGUUAGCGAUGAAGGUGGAGGAAUUCCAAGAAGUAAUGUUGAGAAGAUUUGGUCAUAUUUGUUUACUACAGCCGAUCCAUCCAUACAAGAAGGCAAGUUCACAUCGGUUCCGUAUGCUAAGGGCUUUGAUUGUUGGGACACAACUAGUGCUCUAAUCGCUAUUUCAUUCUACACUCUGUUCUUGCUCUCUUUUGAUUGGACAGGUAUGGUUGGUGUCGUCGAAAACGAGGCGGUGGAUCACGGUAUCGAUUCACCCUUGGCUGGUUUGGGUUAUGGAUUGCCGAUUUCACGUAGUUACUGUCGAUAUUUUGGUGGAGACCUGAGCAUUAUGAGUAUGGAAGGUUACGGAACAGAUGCUUUCGUGUAUCUUGCGAGAUUGGGAAACACGAAAGAACCUGUUCCAAUUUGAGGCAAUUCAUUUUAUCCGGAUAGCAAUAGAGUGAGAUUGGGCAGUUGAUAAAAUUCUGUAUUUUUGCAACUAGUUCACCUCAACGAACUUUCCAGGUAAAUGCAGGUGUCUCUACUAGUAGUAGUAUUUUCAAAUUUAGACCAGCUCGCAAACAAAACAUAUACAGUACU